AUGAAGGCGCACGUCCUCGGCGGGAGCCCCAACCUCGUGGUCGAGCGCCGGCGCCGCGAGAAGGCCGAAGAGCACGCGAAGAAGGCGAAAACCGACCUCGUGACGCUCACGGCGUCGAUUGUGCCGCAAGUCGAUGCGCUGCGCGCGGCUGUGCAGGCCCUCGAGCGCGACAGCCAAGAGCAGUUGGAGCUCGAAGCAGCGUCCCAAGAGACGUUUUUAUCUUUGCAGCAGCAGUUGGAAGCCCUGCGCACCCACCAGCACGCUGCCCACGUCGCGCUGCACGACCAAAUUGACAAGAAGAUGGAUCGUCUGCACUACAGCGUGGCUCAAGAGCAGCAGAAAUACCGGCGGCAUUUGCAAGAGGUCAAGACCGAAGUCGCAGCGAUGAAGGAGCACAUGGCCGUCAUGCGGGGCGAAAUGGACUCGUUCUGGAGCGCUGCCAAUGGCCGACUGGGCCAAACCCACGGGCUUCUCGAGAAGAUGCGCGAGCAAGCGCAGAAGGAGUCGGACGCAACAUUGACAUCGUUUCACACGUUUGAAGCCAAGUUGACGGCGUUGGAUGAAAAGCUCUUUGGGCUCGAGAAGGCGCAACUGCAGCUCCAUUUAGCGCGCCCGUCCGGCCGCGAAACCAUGCUGCAUGCAACGACGGAAAAGCACCGAUGUGACGAGCUGCACAUGGACGUGGAAGCGAUAAAGGCCGACAUGAGUGCCUACCGGAGCGCGGACCGGUUGCAGUUUGAUGCGCUCACGAAUCGCCUGCGGGAGCUCGCGCGCGGCGCGGCGGCCAAGCACGAGCACGUGGUGUUGGAACUCGAGGAGCUGACGCAAAAGCUCCACCACAUGGCGACAAAGUUACCCAUGGACCUUUCGCAGCGCUUCGAUGUUGCGCAACAGGCGUGGGCCAGUGAGAUUGCCGUGCUCAAAGCCCAGAAAACGUGCGCCCCGUCGCCGCCGCCAACGUGGGAAGGGACCGCGCCCGACGAGACGCCGAUUGUUGAAGUGCGGGCACAUCUCUCGGCGGUCGAGACACGCAUCGGUCAAGUCGCUGCGUCCUUGCAUGCGUUCCAAGUCCACAUUGGCACACAGGUAGACGCUACAUUGGCCAUCAAGUAAUAUCGCGCAAGGCCUUUUCUUGCAGGUGCUGCAAUUGCAGCGCAAUGUCGCCGACGUGACGACGCAGGGCGCAUCAGACCAGCGCGCGUGGGCGCAGCAGCUUCUGGCUCUCCACGCCCUUCUUCAUGAGUUGCGCGUGAACGUUGGCCGCGCGACCAUACUACCGACAGGCGUAAAUUGAAGACUCCUCACCUUGCACUUGGGUUGUUAUACUGGCUUCGUUUCGGACGAGCUUUGAUGGCGGCGCUGUCGUAUAAUUAGCGCAACGCCAUCAUGAUGGUUCAAAAUACAUUGGGAGCGACUAACUAAACGUGGGCAACCGCCCCGUCGCUUCGGGUCCUACCGG